AUGCCAGGAGGUGGGAGCCGUCGACGGUCGUCAUCCUCCCGCCGCCGCUGUCGCCGCCCCCGUCGCCGCCGUCGCCAGCGGGCCCGCUCCCGCUCCCACUCCGCCCGAGCCGAGCUGACCUUCUCCGUGAGCCAGGUGGAGCAGCUUCUGCGGGAGGGCCACUACGCCCAGCGCCUGGGCUGGUCUGCACCGCUCUUCCUGGCCGCCACCCUCGAGUUCCUGACGGCCAAGGUGCUGGAGCUGGCGGGCAUCGAGGCCCACAACAACGGCAGCCAGCGCAUCACUCCUCGGCUGUUGGACAUGGCCAUCCACAACAACCCCGUGCUCAGCGGGCUCUUCGGUACCACAACCAUCUCCCAAGUGGCCCUGGCCCGGGGCUCCCGGUAG